AUGGCCUCCUCUUCCCUCUUCGCCUCAGCCGACGCAGACGACCCUCUCGCCAAACAGCAGAAGGACGCGCAGGCCGUCAGCCACAGAAUCGACGAGGACAUCCAGGAGAGCCGCAAGGCGUUCGAGCGCAGGAAGAAGGCCAUCAAGAUCCUCCUCCUCGGCAGAGUCGGCAAGAGCACCACCCUCAAGAACUUUCAGCUCGCCUUCUCCCCGCAGCACUUUCGCAGCGAACGCGCCGCCUGGCGCACCAUCAUCCAGCUCAACCUUAUCCGAUCCAUCAAGCGCCUCCUCGAGGUCCUCCAGCAGGAACUCGACGAGUCCACCCAGCCCCUCCGCACCGGCGCCCCCGACAAGGGCAAGGGCAAGGCCGCCACCGUCCGCUUCAGCACCUCGCCCCUCACCGACCAGCACCGCCGCAUGCGCAUGCGCCUCUCCCCGCUCCUCCCCAUCGAGGAGCAGCUCACCCGCAGGCUCCUCCCCGACGCCAACGACCGCCUCCAGGACGUCUGCGUCCGCGCCGGCAGCGGCUGGAAGGGCCUCCUCGCCGGCAUCCAGCAGGACGGCGGCGCAGACGGCCAGGCCAGGGCCAAGGAGCCGCGGCGGCCGAGCACGGCCGAGGGCCGCAGGGACGACCCGACCGCCGUGCUCGCCGCGUGCAGGGACGACAUCAUCGCGCUCUGGGAGGACCCCGUCGUGCGCGCCGUGCUGAAGCGGAGGGGGGUGCGGCUGCAGGACAUGCCCGGCUUCUUCCUGAACGACGCCGCGCGGAUCGCGACGAUGGGCUACGACCCGACAGACGAGGACAUCGUCCGCGCGCGGCUGCGCACCCUCGGCGUCGAGGAGCACAGGUUCACGAUGGAGAGCGGCGCGCUCCCAGGCUCGGAGUGGUACAUCUACGACGUCGGCGGGAGCAGGAACAACCGCCCGAUGUGGAUCCCGUACUUUGACGACAUCCAGGCGAUCAUCUUCCUCGCGCCCCUCGCGUUCAACCUCAUGCUCGAGGAGGACACCAAGGUCAACCGCCUGGAAGACUCGAUCAUGCUGUGGAAGGAGAUCUGCCAGAACCCGCUCCUCGCCAAGACGACGCUGAUCCUGUUCCUCAACAAGGCGACGCUCGCGGCAGGGAUCCGCGUGAACAAGUACGUCCCCAGCUACGGCGACCAGCCGAACGACGUCCAGCACGUCACGAAGUACUUUAGGGACAAGUUCCGGGGGUACCACAAGCGGCUGUCGCCGCAGGCGCGCUCCUUCUAUUGGCACGAGACGUCGGUCGUCGACACCCGCUCGACGGCGGCGAUCCUCGUUGGCGUGAGGGAGGGCAUCCUGCGCGCACACCUGCAGAGCGUGAACGUCAUCUAG